UCCCUCGUUCUCGCCACCUAAUUCUCCCACACCCGAGCUGCCUUCCUUUUUUCGCUACGCCACACUCCUGCUCAAACUGAGUUGCGCACAGCUCGUAGGCUUACAGGCUCAAUUUCUGUCCAUAUUGCGCCCUAUGCGUCGAUUCGGUGGCGGAGGGUUUAAGUUUCGUGGCGUCGAGGGUGGUCGAUUUCGCUUGUUGGGCUGGUGGGUUUGAGGUUUUGGGUUGAGGUUUUUGACAUUAGUCUUUGUGAGUAUUGCAAAUCUGGAGGGAGUUGGUUGGGUGCGGGUUUUGAUGAGACGCGUAGUGGUUAGGAUAAUGUGUCGCGGCUGGCACUAGCGCUGAGAUCUGUGUCUUUGCGCUUAGUGAUUUUGCUUCAUGCGUAGCGACACGGCGAGAUAGUGGUAAUUUUUGGGUUUUGUCUUCUCUUUUUGUUUUGAUUGUUGGGGGGUUUGGAUAAGAGUGGGUGGUGGUACUCAUUAGUUUGGUCUCUUGGUUGCCUGCAAACUCUGCGACCAUGACCACUUGUGUAAGCAACAUGGUAUCUCUGCCCUCCACAAACCGCCCGGUUCUCAGGGCGAGAGCGGAGGUUGAGGAGAGGAGUUUGAUGUGUGCGAGUGCAAGUAGCGUUCGCUUCGUUGGGUCUUUGAAGGUUAGGCUAAGUCUUCGACCGAGUUUUUCCGGAGGAGCUGAUUUGAGGGGCGCUGCAGUGCUGAGACUUGUAUCUAAAGGGAAGAUCAUGAGCUCGAAUGCGCGGAGAGAUUGUGUAUGCAGUACCGCUGAGAGUGGUGGGCAUUUGGAGCCACAAUCUUGCAAGGAUGUGUCGAAGUCCAAGCAGGGUCUCGAUUUCUUGCUCAAGCUGCUUCCCAGAAUUCUACCAGCUGUAGUGAUCGGUGUUGCAUCUUGGUUAUUAAGGCGUCCAGGCAUGGCGCUUGCGGGUGGCGAGGCACCAACCUUCGCGGUUGGAGGGGAGGCUGAGCAAGGAGGGGCUUUAUCCAGGGAAAUCGCUAAAGCAGGAGGAGGUCUAAUGGCAAGUGCCUGGACUGGACUGGUGGCAGGUGGUUUGCACACAUUAACAGGGCCUGAUCAUUUAGCCGCUCUUGCACCCCUUUGCAUUGGUCGAUCAAGACUUCAGAGUUUUUCUGUGGGUGCACUAUGGGGCUGUGGUCACGAUGCAGGUCAAGUCAUAUUCGGCAUCAUCUUCCUUUUGCUGAAAGACAGGUUGCACCUUGAUAUUAUUCAAACAUGGGCAGCCCGCGUAGUGGGUCUUACGCUGAUUACCAUAGGAGGAAUGGGAAUUAAAGAGGCACAGGAAAUCGAUGCAGCUACGCCGGUCUUAGUUGAAGGAGAAAUGCCAGCUGAACCAGAGAAGAAGUCUGUUGGUCCAGCAACUUUCAUCACCGGCAUCGUGUAUGGGUUACAACCUGAUGCGCUCUUGAUGAUUUUGCCGGCUCUAUCCCUUCCAUCAAGAGCAGCAGGAGCAGCAUUUUUAGGCAUGUUCUUGCUGGGCACAGUUUUGGCCAUGGGCAGUUAUACCGCCUUUGUGAGCUCCUUAAACAAGGCUCUGCAAAAGCGUGUACCCAAGAUCACUUAUCGGCUCACUAUAGGCUCUUCCCUGAUUGCCAUAGGACUUGGUAUCACGAUCUUACUCGGAGAGGUAUUUGGUUUCAAUUUGUUUUAGUUCGGUUACGUCUAUCGAAAUGUAGAGAUCUGUGCCAGGUCAGUUUGUUUGUGAGACAAUCUUGCACCUAGCCUGACUACUGGUAUACCCCCAACUGCGGAUGUAAAAGGUCCUAGCCGCUGUUUUCCCCUUUCUAGAUUGCUCAUCAGACGUCAGGCUAACGACAUUAUUUCAUCUUGUACAACGUAGCACAUCCAAAUCAUCGGUCAAAGACAGCUGGAGUUUUUCUUUUUGUUUACGGCCGUGCAACACAGUUUCCAGAGAUCAUAAUUUUGCAGAACUCCCCAUUUUGCAUUUGUUCUACUUCAGAAUGCUGGUUAGCCCUGUUGUUUUCUGGCAGCUCUGUAUGUUGGAUUGUUGAAAUUAAUUAACGUCUCCCAGUCAUCUCAAUUUACGAUGA